UUGAGGGGCUAAAUUGAAAAAUUACCGGACUGGGCAAACCGGAAUCGAUUCGAUAAACGAUGGAUGGUCCGGACCUCGCGGACCGGAAAUGGCGGCUUGCCCUGCUCUGUUUCCUCACCACCAUCCUCAUCCUCUGCGCUAUCCUCGUACGCCCUCCACAACACCUCGCCUUUCUCCUCCUCCUCCCUACUACUCUCGUGUCUCUUCCGCCUCCGCCCUCUCCACUGCCACCACCGCCCGAGACGUAUGGCGCAACCCCGACCUCCAUCCCCGCCGCCGUCGCAGCGGCCGCCCCGACUACAUCGACCGAACAGUGGACAUGGCUUCCCUCCUCCUCCAACUCAGCCAGACCACCUCGCCGGAGGAGCUCCACGCCGUCAUGUCCCCUUACCUCGGGGACCGAUCCGGAGAACACCGCCUCUCUCCCCGCUUCAUGGUCUCCCUCCUCUCCCGCGAGCCCGACCACCGCCGCUCCCUCGCCCUCCUUGACUGGAUGCUCGAAGCCGCUGACUACCCGCCCUCCGUCUUCGCCUUCAACGUCGUCCUCCGCAACGUCGCCCGCGCCGAGCAGUUUCCGCUCGCUCUCGGCCUCCUCCACGAGAUGCGCCGCCUCCGCCGCCCCUCGCCUGAUCCCGUGACCUAUUCCACUAUCCUCGCGGCCCUAGCUCGCGCCGGCAAGCUCGACGCCGCCCUCUCGCUCCUCCCUCUCAUGGACGCCGACUCCAUUGUCCCAGACCUGCCCCUUUUCACCACGCUGAUGACGUUAGCCCUACGCCUCGGCGAUCAUGCGAAGGCCCUCGCGCUCUUCACCCGCCUCCGCGCCGCCGGGCUCAACCCCGAUAUCAGGGCCUUCAACGCCGCCCUCCACGGCCUCACUCUCGCUGGCCUUCUCCGCGAGGCUCGCGUCCUCCUCCUCGUCGACAUGUCCGCCGCCGGCGUUGCGCCCGACGCCAUCUCUUUCUCCACCGUUCUCGCUGCCCUCGUCCGCCGCCGCCGCUUCCUCCAGGCGCUCUCCCUCUUCUCCGAGAUGCGGACCCGCCACGUGGCCCCUGACCUCACCGCCUGCAACAUCAUGCUCGACGCGUACGGGCAGCUCGACAUGGCAAAGGAGGCGGAUCGCCUCUUCUGGAGCAUGCGGCGGAUUGGGGUCGAACCCGGCAUCGUCACCUACAACACCAUGCUUCGCGUCUACGGCGACGCAGAGCUCUUCGGCGAGGCAAUCCACCUCUUCCGCCUCAUGCAGCGUAAGGACAUCGAGCAGAACGUGGUGACCUACAACACCAUGAUCAAGAUCUACGGCAAAACUCUAGAGCACGAGAAAGCUGGCAACUUGGUCCAAGAAAUGCAAAAGAAGGGAAUCGAGCCCAAUGCCAUCACAUACUCCACCAUCAUCUCCAUCUGGGGCAAGGCCGGCAAGCUCGAUCGGGCUGCAAAACUCUUCCAGAAGCUGAGGAGCUCAGGAGUCGAAAUCGAUCCCGUAUUGUAUCAAACAAUAAUCGUGGUAUACGAAAGGGCUGGCCUCGUCGGGCACGCAAGGCGUUUGCUCCAUGACCUCAAACACCCGGAGAACAUCUCCAAGGAGACGGCCGUCAAGAUACUCGCCAACGCCGGCCGUGUGGAGGAGGCUGCUUGGCUAUUCAGGCAAGCAACCGACGCCGGGGAGGUCAAGGAUAUCUCUGUUUUCCAGUGCAUGAUCGACUUAUUCUCCAGGAACAGGAAGCACACCAACGUGAUAGAGGUCUUCGAGAAGAUGAGAUCAGUGGGUUACUUUCCCGACUCUGAGAUGAUUGCAACAGUUCUAAAUGCUUACGGGAAGUUGCAGGAGUUCGACAGGGCUGACGCCGUUUACCAGGAGAUGAAGGAAGAAGGUUGUGUUUUCUCAGACAGGGUGCACUUCCAGAUGAUGAGCCUCCUGGGCGCCCGGAGAGAUUUUGCAGGUUUGGAAGCGUUGCUCGAAAGGCUGAAGGAUGACCCGAAUAUCGACAAGAAAGAGUUGCAUCUGGUGGCAGCGAGUGCGUACGAGAGAGCUAACAAGCUUUCUGAGGCAUCUCGAAUCAUCACAGAGAUAAGAAAUUUGGAUCUUUAGCAUUAAUUAAAUAGAAACAUGAUUCGCUUUGGCGCUUGAAGAUUAUGAGAGUGUUGGAUAGGUUUGACAUAAUCUUCAUUCGCUGAGGGUUUGGAGGAAAAUCAUGAGGGCAAACACCAGGGAACAUCAUUCAUGCACAGUUUAUUACAAACCUACACCCUUACAAAUGCCCCAGCGUGAAGGAUGUUUCAUUUAGCAAGUUUGAAGAAAUAAAAACGCACAGAAGUGUUUUAGCA